AUGGCGACCGAAGACAAACUCACGACAUGCAGCACGCCACGCUACUGUCAGCUCCGAAAAGUUCAAUUGCAGCCACAAUGGAAAAUCGCCGGUGGAAUUUUGCGGGUAUCUAUAACACCUGAGGUUACUUCACGUGGCGUUAAUCGUGCUGUCAUGGGAGAGCUUGUAACGCUAUAUAGAAACUCCCAUUUGGGUGGGCGUCUACCUGCGUACGAUGGAAGAAAGAGCCUUUAUACCGCUGGACCAUUGCCAUUUACUUCUAUGACAUUUGAAAUUACCUUGCAAGAUGAGGAAGAUAGUCUUGGCGGUGGCCAAGGUGGACAAAGGCGCGAGAGAGUAUUUAGGGUGGUGAUCAAAUUUGCAGCCCGUGCUGAUCUCCACCAUCUGGCUAUGUUUCUAGCUGGAAGGCAAGCAGAUGCUCCUCAAGAAGCUCUUCAAGUGCUUGACAUUGUACUACGUGAAUUGCCUACUGCGAGGUAUUCUCCUGUUGGUAGGUCAUUUUAUUCUCCCAACUUAGGGAGACGCCAGCAACUUGGUGAGGGUUUGGAAAGUUGGCGCGGUUUUUACCAAAGCAUAAGGCCGACACAGAUGGGCCUUUCACUGAAUAUUGGUUAG